AUAAGAUUGAAGCGAUGAUAAAAAAGUUGGAACUAUGGAACCUUCGUCUAUCAAAGAAAAAUUACGAUUAAUUUCAAAACCUCAAUAAUUUCCUUGAAUUGAUCGAAGAAGAAUUAUCCAGAGAAGUUUCCAAAUACAUCAAACAAUAUAUUGAAGAUCUGCAACGAAGCUUCCGUGAUUAUUUUCCUGUUCCAGACACAAAUAGAAACUGGAUUAGACACCCUUUUGAAAUUGAUAUAACCCAAAUUAAUGGACUGACAUCACCGGAAGAAGAUAAUCUUAUAGAAAUUUCUACAAAUGGUAGUUUAAAAUUACAAUUUAAUAAAAAAAUGGUAAUUCCUAACAAAAUUAAUAAGGUGGUCCGCGAUUUAAAAAUGUCCUUCAUCAGGGGUCCGCGUAAUAAAAAGUUUAAGAACCGCUGCACUAUAUUAUAGUAUAUCUAAAACUGCUACGAACUAAAGAACGAAAUAACAUUUAUCAUUUGAUGACGCAUACCGUCAAAAAUAUCAUAAUAAUAUUAUCAUUCAUAAUAUCACACUUUGUUAUUAAAUAUCCAAGAUAGUGCUAAAUUGUUACAUAGGAUGAUAAUUAUUAAAAUCAUCUCCUACAAAUUAUAAAAGACUUAAAUACCUCAGAGUAUUUUUCUUUUAAUUCCUAAUUAUAAUUUAUCAGUUGCCAAUUAUAAUUUAAUUAAAUAAUGGAUUAUUAUAACUUAACAAUGAUGUACAUUUUUAGAACAUAAUAUUCACGUCUCUGUGAUUUUAUGUACUGUGUAAAACCGUCAACCAAUAAUAUUUUCAAUGGACAAAUUGUUUGUCAUAAUGUUUAAAUUUGUGUUUUUGUUUAAUUUGUGUAUAACUAUAUGUUUUGCAACUGCAAUAACAGACGAUGAAUGGAUCUUAUAUUUUGACAAAUCAAAUGUUGACAGGUUGGAAAUGGGUAACAGCACAGAAAUAAAAUUCUAUGCACAGACCAAUACAUCUAAGGUGGAUACAAAUUUAAAACUUCAAGUGACUAGUUCUGACUUGAAUGUAGCAUAUCCUAGUCGUAAUUUAUUUGAUUUGCCUCAAACCCUACAGCCAUGGAAUUUUUCUGUACAUUUAUCAACAGAGUUCCUUGGGUAUACAAAACUACAUCUCCAUGUAGUAGAAAUAAGUGAGUCAUUUAUCACAUUUAACAUUAUAACCAUUGUAUGAUUUUAAAAAUCAAAUUGUGUUACAGAAAAUAAUACAAUAAUCGCAGUCAAAACCUCCAGCGAUGUUCAUAUGAACAUUAAAGUAAUUCGAACACCACAAAUAAUUGAUAAGAUAUUUGUGAUUUGUGUUGCUGGUUUAAUGAGCAUCCUAUUUAUAAACUUUGGAUGUGCUUUAGAUGUUGUACAGCUGAAACAGUGUAUUAGGAAACCAAUUUCUCCUGCAAUUUCAUUUUUCGUUCAAUUUCUAAUCAUACCUAUCGUAAGUGACUUAAAACAUACAUAUUUCAUUAAUUAUUGUCAUUAAUAGUUUUUUUUAAACAAUUUCAGGCAAGUUUUUUUUUUGCCAGGCUCUUAUUCCCAAAUUCAGCUGCAAUGCAACUAGGGCUUUUUUUUACUGGAAUUUGUCCUGGAGGUGGUGCUUCUAGUGUGUGGUCCCUUCUUUUAGGUGGCAAUAUUAAUCUAAGUGUUGUUCUUACAACCAUUGGAACUCUGGAAUCUUUUGGUAAGUAUUCUAGCCAACUAUAACUAUUAUGAUAUUCGGCAAUAUAUGCAUUGACUAAAUAGGGAAUAAUUUUAAAAAAAUCGGUAUUUGUACACAUGUCAGUAUUCAAACGUAAAUGAUACUGUGUUCAAGUAACAUCUAAUUAACUAAUGGAUCACUUUAAACAGAGAUAUCACAAGACAAUAUAGAAUGAGAAAAAAUAAAGCAUUUAGGUCUUAGAUCUAUUACCAUUGGAAAGUACACCAUUUGUAACCACACGUCUACAUUUCCUCUAUAGGUCAUGCAGACAAAAUAGAGAGAGAGAGAGAGAGAAAGAGAAAAACAUAGAUUGUGCCACAUCUCUCUCACUCUAUAUUGUCUUGAUGGCUUUUAGUUUUAGAGGUUAGGAGGCACUGUUCGAGGUUCAAUAACUAUAGAAUCUUAGGCAAAAAACUACCUCUGAAGUAUGCUGAUAUGUACAUAGCUUAAUAAAUGCUUUAAUUAAAUAAAAUAAUAUUUUUUGGCUCUUAAUAAAUAAAAAAAGCAAAAUUAUUAUUUCUAUAAUAGUUUGUAUGUUAGUCAUUUAAAUAUGUAUUUUUAUUUUAUAGUUAUGAUACCAUUUUGGGUUGUGUUUCUUGGUAACCGUAUCUUUAUUAUGGAAGAAAUGCCUAUCCCAUACUCACGGAUUGGCUAUUCUAUAAUAGCAUUAAUUAUUCCUUUAUGCAUUGGUUAUUGUAUUCAACGUUUUUUGCCAAGAGUGAGUACAGUUAUGACACGCGUUUUGAAGCCAUUAUCUAGUUGUCUGAUAAUAUUUAUUAUUGUUUUUGCCACAGUGACUAACUUAUACUUGUUUAAGAUAUUUUCUUGGAAAGUGAGUGUUUCCUGAUUUUGUUUGUUUAAUUAUAUUAUAGAAUUUUAAAAUUAUAUUUUGUUAUAGAUUAUUUUAGCUGGUGCAUUGAUUCCAUGGUCUGGUUUUUUAAUAGGAUUAAUAUCAUCUAUUUCUGCACGUCUAUCUUAUCCGGACACAAUCUCCAUGACAAUUGAAUCUGGUAUUCAAAACACUGGUAUUGCCAUAUUUAUGUUAAAAUUUACUUUGGGACAACCAGCUGCAGAUUUAACAACUGGUAAUAAUUUGUUAUAUAUAUAGUUCUAUCAGUUACAACUUAUCCGAAUAUUUUUAGAUAAUUUGUUUUUAUUCAACUCCAUUGAUUACAUUAAAUUGUCUAUGAAAAGUUAAAUUUAUUUUUAUUAUACUGAGACAAGAGUGUAGUAAAACAUUGAUAUGGGGGAGUGUGGAUACAGUAUAAUUUAACUUGUUUUAUAGGCUUAUUUAAGUUUUCAGAAAAAAAAGUAUUUUGAUUCCCAUGUAAAAUAUUAAAAAAUAAGACAUUUUUAACAUUAUUGAAUAUUAAUUGAUUAAUUGAUUCCAUUAAAUAGCAUACAAAACAGAAUUUAAUAAUCUAAAAGUUUCUGAAAUAAUUUGUACACUUCAUACUUUGUAUGAUUUUCCUCCAUUCUUUUUUGAAAAAUUGUUUACCCAAUAUGUAAUUUUUUAUAAGUUGCUACUGACUUCUAAAUUAAUAUUUACUUAAUCUAAUACAUAACUUUAACUGUUAACUUAUUAUAUUUUAGUGAUUCCAGUAGCUGUGGCAUUAAUGACCCCGAUUCCCUUAGCAGUGGGCCUUAUAGUUAAAAAAUUGUUUACAAAAAUUGAUAAAGUAGCUGUAGUUCAAGAUCCUGCAACUGAAACAAUGAUAAAAGAUGAAUGUGAAGUUACAGUUACAAUACCAAAUUCUGAAAAUGAAACUGAACAAACAUAAAUGUUAAUAAUAUAACUGUUAUAAUAUUGCAUCAUGUUAGUUAUAUAAACAAAAUGAGGAAGCUAAGACCCCCUUCAAAAUUAACCUUAGCCCCCCGCCCUAAGUUAAAUUUAAAUGUUAUUUUUUUUCGUAAAAUUAUCGGAACUAAGUAAGUCAUAACAUUAAUCUCCGGGACCUUAUUUUUACUCAAAAACAUUAUAUGUGCUAUGAAAGUAGCAAAAUAUUGCUUAUAUGGCUGGUUAUUUUGGAUUAAAGUUUCAUAUUAAUUUAAUUACGAAUACCUAUAUAAUUACAAUUUUUUAUAAAUUCAUAAUUUAUUUAUUAUAAUACAAUUACUAAUAGAGUUCCUUUUCUUUAUAUGAAUUUUGGAAAGCAAUUAUAUCAAACAUAACAUAUCCACUAUUAAGUUAAAAUUGUAUUUUGAUAAACAGCUCAUGACAGCAAAAGUCAAAUUACACUUGAAAAUAAUGUUAAAUUGUGUUAAACGUUCAAUAUCAAAGAUAAAAAUCUCAAGUUAAAUUAUAAGUAACUCUUUAGAGUGCUAUUUUUUUAGUUAUUUAUUAUAUUUUAACAUUUGUUUAUUUGACUUAAGAAUUUUUGUAAACUGCUCCCAAAUUCAGUUAGGACUUAAAAUUGUGUUUGAAUAUUAAUUUAAUAGUAUUUAUUAUAUAUUGUUGAUAUAGUAUUUUAUAGUAUUAUUGAUAUCAUUUAACUUAACUGAAUAAAAAUGUUACUAAUUUUUAGUGAGAAAAAAGUUGUACAACUUUUACGCAAUACAUUUGUAAAAUAAUUCCCUUUUAUAAACAAUGUUAAGAUAUAUAUCUUUAUUAUGGUUUAAGAUAUAAUAGAUAUAUUAGAUUAAGAGUAGUGAUUAUUGAUUUUUUUGUGACUGAAAAACUGAAAUGCCAAAUCAGCAGCUACGAUAGAACUAGAAUUCCUGGAUAAAGAUAGAUUUAUCUAUGCACUCUAGUUGUGUGACACAUGAUUUUGUUUAUAGUCAUCCUAUCACAUUUUGUCAUCUAACCAAUCUACCUUAAGUCUUAAGAAGACAUUAUAAAUACAUUUGUUGUUUCUGUCUCACAAACCCAAAAUAUAGUAAAAACAUGCUUACGCAGACUACACAGAACAAGCUUAGUUUUAGUUUUAGACUAAAAGCACCUAUUAUAAAAUUAAGAGAGAACAAUAUUCUGGAGGGCAAGACGUUACGUUUUUUUGAAAAAGUUAUUUUUUUUUUCAAGUUUUAGUGGAUUAAAAAACAAAUAAAAAAAAGUUAUUAUUUAUAAACAGUAAAUUGACUGUUAUAUUCAGAGAAAAUUAAAAAAUCAACGUCUUGCUCUCUGGAAUAUUGUUCUAUUUUGAUUUGAAAAUAAGUGGUUUUACUCUAAAACCAAAAUAAAGAGAGUUCUGCAUAGUCUGCUUGAGUCUGAUUUAACUAUAUCGUCGUUUGUAAGAUAGAAACAACAAAUGCAUGUGUAUCAUCCUCUUAAACCGUGAUCUUUAUGUAUACCAGUGGUUCCCAACCUCUUUUAUUCUAUGCUCCCUUUGUAGAUUUUCAAAAAUUUUGCCCUCUCCCUCAUAACAAUAGUUGGCAAAUAAAAAAAGUUUAUCAGCGAAAAGAUUCCUAUAAUAUAAUAUUCGUACAAAUUUGAAUCUUCAUGAGAAUACAUACCCUACCUAAAUACGGCCUUGCUACCAAUCAUUAUUAAUUAUUCAUUUUUUUCUACAUUGCAAAAUAAAAAUAAUAAUGUGAUUACUAAUUUUACUUUGUAAAGAUUGUCUGUAGAAAUGUGUUCACUCCUUCUCUCCCUUCAUUUGGAAAACACUGAUAUAUACAGUGAUUUUUUGCACAAUGAACAAACCAUUGGAUUUAUUCAAAUUCUAUUUUUUUGUAAAAUGUGCCUACAAAUAUUAUGAUCAUAAAGACUAUAUUUCCAUAUACUUAAAUGUUUGUGUUAUUUCAGGAGUACCCUAUACUCCUGUGUCAAUAUAGAUGUGUUCUUCAAAAAUCACAGAUUUAAAUAAUAUAAUAGCAUUAAUAGCUACUUAUUGAAAUUGCUGACCAUUAUUAUUUAUUCUAAUAAGAAAUUGAUGCAAUUUUUUGUUUCCAUGAC